CCCGCUUUUCCCGUCAGUCCCGGUCUGACACCGCACGUACUGGACGUGCACACUGUGAGCAAAGUGAAGUGAGCACAGUGUAACAUGCUGCCAGCCUGGCUUUAAACACACGUCUUCAGGAUGCAUGCGGUCGGCCUGCACUCCGCGCUUGCGAUCCGCCGCGAGCGGAAGCGUCGAGCUGAGCAACAACGCGCUAAGGAAAGGCGCUACUCCCUCCAGUCUACGGAGUCCGGUGUGACAUCUCCCCACUGCUCCACAGGCAGUCUUGAGCGACGUCGCCACAAGAAAUCCGGGACCGCCGACAAUGAAGUCGUCUCUUCUGUUGGCAUGCUCCACCUUGGAGUCGUGUUCCUCGUCCUGGGAGUUUUCCUCGUCGCCUCUGGCUGGCUUCCAGAUGAUGUGACAGCCUGGAGCAACAUCGGAUCUGUAAGCUGGUUUAACGAAUUGGUCUGUUCUGGACUUUUUGCUCUAUUCAUUGGAGUAUUUUUAAUUAUUCUUCACAAAUAUCUCACUAAGAGCGAAGAGGACGCAUUAGAAGACUACGUUCAAAAACAAUUGACUCGAUCGAGAUCAGGGCAUAGACUGGAGAGAGACGCAGAGACGGGUGGAAUGCGUACAAAAAAUGCUAGACGUGCCCGAGCUACAGAAGUAUUACCAGAGCCUAUUACGGAAACUUACACUGAGCCUCCUCCCGAUAGAGUGCACGGGUUUGUCAACGCCCUAGCGCUGAACGGAGAUGCGAUGCGAGAAUUGCCAUUGGAGCAAAUUGUAGAAGAAGAAACAUCAAUGGCCUCUGAGAGUGAGAGAAGAUUUGGGAAAUUUAACAAGGACACUUAUUCAACUCCAUCUAUGGCACCCAGCCUAAGCCCUGGAUCUCCAUCUGACACGAGGGAACUCCUAUCAGACGGACGCUACAUGAUCAUGUCGAAGAUAUGAAUAACAAAACUUGACCGUUCGUUGAUCCCAUAUAUUCUACUUUUUUAUGGAAUCGUCUUUGAUUUUAUUGGAAACCAUGUGAUAUCCCGUUAAAAUGUUUCCUUUAUAUUUAAUUCUUACUAUGAAUACUUUCACGCAUUCUCCAUAAAAUAGAAUGUUCGGUAUCAACGAAUUGUCAACUGGGGAUCAAUAUGAAAUGCGUUGAAAGCUAUGAGUAACUUAAAACUCUUUAUUAUGAACUAUAACAAAAUCCGUUGCUUAUGUUAAACAAUGCCUCGUUGCUGCCAACAAGCUUGACAGCUUCUGAACUUAAGUGUGAGUGAUAUUUGUAAUCUUUGUAUGGACCAAAGUGUUAACAUUUUCGCAUUAUCCAAAAGUUUCUUGCCUUUUUGAUUUGAUAUUAUCUCAAGCUUAACUAAAACAUUUACUGAUCUCAUAAAAUCUAAAUAUUUGUAGGUAGUUAGUAUAUAUUUUAAUUUGCGUUAAGACUGAUUCCGUAUAAUUUCUUUGAAGAUUAUUUUACGCAAAACUUGUGCCAAAAAUCUUCUUAAACAUGUUUUGUUGAUAGAAUGAAGGAAUUUACGUUUAAAUAAUUUAAACAACAUUAAAAUGAAAGGUUUAAGAAAAAGUAUAUCCUCGUAGCUCUUAGCGUAGCAAAAACUACGGCGAGCAAUUACUACGAGUGUCUUCGUACACGCCCAUUAUCUGGCCAUAAUGGUUAGAUAAUACCCAACUAUUAUUUAUAAUUACUAACCUAACCUUUAAUCUUAUAAUAUCAUGUCAAAUGAACGUUUGAAGUACAUUAAUAGCGCUGUCAAAUCCUUCUUUUUUCAAGGUUUUUUUUAAACAAUACUAGUUGCCAGCAUUAUGUAAUUGUAUCUUAGUUUUAUAGUCUUCAACAUGUUUAUAAAAAAAACCAUAAAGUAUUUAUCAUAAGAUCUUUCAUUCUAGUAUAUUUUUAUGUACAAAUAUAAUAUUAAAACAGUUAAAAGGCUGAUAUUCAAAUGUUUAUUUAGUCUAUGUUUCGCAUUUUGUGAUUUAAUUUUAAUCACCUAAGUUUUGAAAUGCUUUGCUCAAAAUAUUUUAAUUUAAUUGAACUAUUUAAAAUUUAUACAUGAAAUCCGUUGACAAUGUGUACAUGGAUAUAAUGUUAAUUGGAAUGCUGUACUCUGUUGUUGUGCCUUUGCCUACGGCAAGAACAUUGUGAGCUAACUUUAUCUAUUAUUAUCAUUGUUACAAGCGUAUAAUGGAAUUUUAAGUUUUGACAACAAUGACUGUUGAUUUGAAUUACUGUGUAACAUGAACCUUCUUGCCCUGUUACAUCGUUUUAAAACGAAUUUGCAAAACAUUCUAGAUUGACAGGGAUACGAAUAAUUUGUUUUUUUAAGACAAAUAAAAUUGUUUUUCAACAUUUUUAAUAUAUUUCAUUAAAUUAUUAAAGUUCAGCUCCUAAUUUUUUUUCCGCCCAUGGCGCAGGCUAUAGUCUUUCGACCAUACCGCCUAGUCUUUCGUCAAUUUUUUCAUUUGUCUUUCGUAAAUUUCAAUUUCUUUUCAAAUCCAUGUUUUAACUUUCCACUUCAACCGCUUCCCGCCUUUUUUUUCGUUCAGCUCCUAAAUUAUUAAUAAUUUAUCUUGCCUUUAAUGUUGUGUGAAUGCUGUGACUUAUUUCUGACGUUUACUGUAUCUGCCGCUAUACAUAUUAUAAAUGCCUUAUACUAAAUAAGAUAUUGUAAGUUAAUCUGGAUCUUAUGGGCUAAUUUUAUAACUUUCUUGUUCUUAACACUAGGUGUUACGAUAAUUAAUGGUAUUUUACGCAAGUGUAGUAUAAAUCACGUAUGUGUGUUUGGCACUAUUUUUACUAUUUCUAA